AUGUCAAAAAGAACAGCCAUAGGUAUUGAUUUAGGUACCACAUACAGUUGUGUUGCUAUCUUUAGAAACAAUAAAGUAGAAAUCUUACCCAACGAUCAAGGUAAUAGAACUACACCCUCAUAUGUUGCAUUCACAGAAGAUGAUAGAUUGGUUGGUGAUGGCGCAUAUAAUCAAGCAGCCAUGAACCCAAGAAAUACCAUAUUUGGAGCCAAAAGACUCCUUGGCCGUGACUUCAAAGACAAAACAGUGAAAGAUGAUAUUAAGCUUUUGCCCUACAAGGUGGUCAAUAAGGGCAAUCGACCAUAUAUUGAGGUUGAUGCUUUCGGAGAUUUGAAACAGUUUUCAGCCGAACAGGUGGGAUCGAUGAUAUUAGGAAAGAUGAAAGAAGCGGCUGAAGCAGCAUUGGAUCGACCUGUUACUGAUGCUGUGAUCACAGUCCCAGCUUAUUUCAACGACGCCCAAAGACAGGCAACUAAGGAUGCUGCUACAAUAGCCAGGUUGAAUGUGUUAAGAAUCAUUAACGAGCCAACAGCUGCUGCUAUAGCUUAUGGUCUUAAUAAAUUGGACGACGACAAUGACAAUGAUUUCAUGAAGAAAUCAACAGCUACCGGAUUAGCACUUCAGGGCGGGAAAGUUGGUGGAAAGAACAUUUUAGUAUACGAUCUAGGAGGAGGUACUUUUGACGUUUCUGUGUUGAAUAUUAAGGAAGGAGUGUUCACUGUAUUGGCAACAGAUGGAGAUACACAUUUAGGUGUACAAAUUGAUCUGUUAGUUCAUGGACGAAAUCUCAACAGUUCGAUCACCCGAGCCAAAUUUGAAAGUCUUUGUUCUGAUUUAUUUCAAGCUACGUUACAGACGGUAAAAGACGUGUUAAGAGAGGCGAAUUUAGAAAAAUGGGCCAUCAAUGAGAUUGUUCUAGUUGGUGGAUCUACAAGAAUUCCCAAGAUUCAGGAUUUAGUUACAUCAUUUUUUGAUGGACGGAAACCAAGUAAGUCUAUUCAUCCGGAUGAGGCAGUUGCUUAUGGUGCAGCAGUGCAGGCAUCAAUAUUAAUUAAGGACUCCUCAUCGACUGUUACUAAUGAUAUACAUCUUCAAGAUGUUAAUUCAUUAUCAUUAGGUAUAACUCUUCAUUCAGGAUUGAUGUCAUUUAUAAUUCCCAGAAAUACCCCACUUCCUGUUACUGUAACAAAAGAAUAUUUUACUGUUUUUGAUUAUCAAGAACUGAUUGAUUUAUCGGUAUAUGAAGGAGAGAGAAAAUUAGGUAAAGAUAACCAUUUAGUUGGUAGAUUUGUAUUGUAUAACAUAACUUUAGCACCGGAAGCUACUGUUGCAGUCGCUUACACGAUGUCUUUAGAUCGUAAUGGAAUAUUAAAAGUUUCUGCCGUGGAUACUGGUAAUGGAUCUCGUGGACUGGAAACAAUUAAGAAUGAUAACAAUCGAUUAAGUAAAGAGCAAAUUCAACAAAUGAUCCGCGAGGCUGGCGAAUAUAGAGAAAGGGACGAAGAGGAGUCGAGAAGAGUUGAGGCACGGAAUGAUUUAGAAAGGUAUGUAUAUUCUGUUGAAUCUGCAUUUGAGCGUCAUGGAAGUAAGCUUUCUCCAGCCAAACGGAAUUUUGUUGAAGAAGAGUUAAAUGGCAUGACGGCGUGGCUUGAUAAUACCAGAAAAGGUUCCAUUGAAGAAUAUCAAUAUAAUCUUGAUAUUUUCAAGCAGAGCGUUGAUCGUAUUAUAUCUCCGUAUUUAAAUUUGUAUUAGAUAACAAUAGUUGUUAUAUAAGUGAUACAGAGAAUUAAAUGUCUAUUUCUUUUUUGAUGCAAACUCAUAUUCUUUUAAUUUGUAAAUGGAUUUUUCGCAAUUCUAAAAGUAACUAAAA